GCGUCCAGCGCGAGUGGCGGCCGGCCUCGAGCUGCGCAUUGGCCGAGCGCGUCGGCGGCGGGGCGGGCCGGGCCGGGCCUGCGUUGGCUCUGGGCUCCCGUGACGUCCGGCGGGGCGCGCGGGCGCCAUGGAGGCCGCCCAGGCCGAGACGCGGGCGGCCGCGCGGCGGCGCUCGGGCAGGAGAGCCCUGGCGGAAGGAGGGGAGGAAGUGGCAGUCUUCCGGGAGGUGGUCUCCUUCACCCCGCAGCCCUUGCCAGCCAGGUACUAUGACCCUGACACCACGGCGCCGGUCAGCUUUUACCUGUCUUCCCUGGAGGAGCUUCUGUCCUGGGCACCCCGCGAGGAGGAUGGCUUCAACGUGGCGCUGGAGCCCUUGGCGUGUCGCCAGCCCCCACUGAGCAGCCCCAGGCCCCGGACUCUGCUGUGUCAUGACAUGAUGGGCGGAUACCUGGAGGACAGGUUCAUCCAGGGCUCGGCGGCCCGGCAGCCCUACUCCUUCUACCACUGGCAGUACAUCGACAUCUUCGUCUACUUCAGCCACCACACCGUCACCAUCCCCCCCGUGGGCUGGACCAACGCGGCCCACCGGCAUGGCGUCUGCGUGCUGGGGACCUUCAUUACGGAGUGGACCGAGGGCAGGAAGCUGUGUGAAGCCUUCCUGGCUGGGGACAGGCGCUCCUACGAGGCAGUGGCCAACCAGCUCGUGAAAAUGGCAGAGUUUUUUCACUUUGACGGCUGGCUGAUCAACAUUGAGAACACAUUGAGUGCGGCUGCGGUGAGGAAUACACCGUCCUUCCUGCGCUACCUGACCGAACAGCUGCACCAGCAUGUGCCGGGUGGUCAGGUUCUCUGGUACGACAGUGUGGUACAGAGCGGGCAGCUCAAGUGGCAGGACGAACUGAAUGAGCAAAACAGGGUCUUCUUUGAUUCCUGUGAUGGCUUCUUCACCAACUACAACUGGCGGGAGGAGCACCUGCAGCGCAUGGCGGGGCUGGCGGGCGGGCGCCUGGCUGACAUCUAUGUGGGCGUGGACGUGUUUGCACGGGGAAGUGUGGUUGGUGGACGAUUUGACACGGACAAGUCAUUGGAGCUGAUCCGAAAGCAUCACUUCUCUGUGGCUCUCUUUGCGCCCGGCUGGGUUUACGAGUGUCUGGAGAAGCAAGAUUUCUUCCAGAACCAGGACAAGUUCUGGCGUCUGCUGGAGCACUACCUGCCUACACACAGCAUCUGUUCCCUGCCCUUCAGCACGUCCUUCUGCCUGGGCAUGGGCACGCGCAGGGUCUGCUAUGGCCAGGAGCAGGUAGAGGGGCCCUGGUACCACCCGAGUGCCCAGGAGACGCAGCCCCUGUUUGGCGAGCACACACUGGACAGGGCCGGCGGCGGCUGGGUGAAGACGCUUUGUUGCCUGGCGGACCCCUGGCAUGGUGGCAGUUCCCUGCUUCUCCGUGGCGAGAUCCCACCCGAGGCAGACCGCGUGACUGUGAGGCUCUUCUCGCUGCACGUGCCUAUACCGCCCAAGGUCUUCCUGUCCCUGGUGUAUAAGCUUGAGGGAUCCACGGGUGUCACUGUGGCCUUGGAACUCACCAUGGGGGACAGCAGCUGUCAUGUCGGUGGCAUCUCCGUGCUGACCGGAGAGGAAACGGGCUCAAGAUACAGCCCUCAGCCCCUGUCGUCGCCCCCAACCAAGCUGGCCAGGCGCACGGGCGGCUGUGGCCGGCAGCUCAGCCGGGGCUGGACCCAGCGCUGCUACAAGCUGAGCCUGCACGGGUGCCUCCUGCGUGACCUGCUGGUGAGCUUCACCCGGCCACUGGGCAGCCAGGGCCCAGAGAGCUUCUCCUGUCGCCUUGGGGAGAUCCGGGUGCUGGACGCCGAGAGCCUGCUGGCGCCCCUGCCCAGGGUGCGGGCCGUCACCAUCUCGCGGGUGCGCUGGCAGCCGGCUGCCUCCGCACAGAGGGGCGCUGCUGGCGGGCUGUUGCUCAGCUGCACCCUGCACUGGUCCCGCGUCCUGUGCCAGGUCCGCUGCUUCCGAGUCCACUGCUCCCUGGGCCCUGAGAAGUUCCUGGGCCUGGCCUUUGCCAACCAGUACCGGGUGGUGGACUUGGCCGUGGAGGCUGCUGGCCGUGGCCAGGAAGGCCGCAUAGAGUUCCUGGUGGAGCCUGUGCCCAGGGAAGGCUUCGUGGUGCCUCGGGCCGAGUGGGGCCGCGCGGUCCUGCUUUUCUCGCUCCCCGAGUGAGCCCGAGGUAAGGCCCGUGCC